AUGCUGCGGCUGGAUGCUGAGCUGGACGCUGAGCUGGCAGGGUUCGCCGAGGCGGGGGGUGACGGCGACCUGGGCACAGGCGACGGCUUCCUGGAGUUUGGGGCUGGGGCAGAGGAAGUGCUGGAGGCACGGCGCCGCCAGAAGCAGCAGCGGCGGGACGCCUACUCCGCCGCGGCCGCCACAGAGGCAGCGGGCGAGGUGGCGGCGGCGGGGCCGGGCGGGCGGCGGCGGCGGGACCGUGCUGCGCCGGGCGGCGGCGCCGCCGGCGGCGGCCUGGGGCCUCAAGUGCCUGAUGAGCUGCUUCCCAAGGUGGCGAUCGUGGGCAGGCCCAACGUGGGCAAGUCGGCCCUGUUCAACCGAAUCGUGGGCAGGCAGGUGGCAAUUGUGUAUGACUACCCGGGAGUGACGCGCGACAGGCUGUAUACCCGCGCCUUCUGGGGGGACCACGAGUUCCUGCUGGUGGAUACGGGUGGCCUCAUGAGCGACGCCGAGAAGCUGCCCAAGGAGCAGCAGGCCCGCCCCUUCCUUCCGGCUGCAAACCCGGCCUGCCGUGCUUUCCUCCCGCAGACGGGCGGCACCUCGGCCGAUGAGGAGAUCCAGGCCUGGCUGCGGCGCAUGCACCCCAACAAGCCAGUCAUUCUGGCCGUUAACAAAUGCGAGAAUGCGGCAAAAGCCGACCUGCAGGCGGCCGAAUUCUGGGGCAGCGGGCUGGAGCCCAUUGCGGUGUCCGCCAUCAGCGGCUCAGGCACAGGAGAGCUGAUGGAGCGGCUGGCGGCUGCGCUGCCUCCGCCGCCCACCCUGGCGGAGGCCGCAGACCGGCUGGAGGUGGCCAUCAUCGGGCGGCCCAACGUUGGAAAGAGCAGCCUGCUGAAUGCGCUGGUGGGGGAGGAGCGCUCCAUCGUGAGCAGCAUGGCGGGCACGACGCGCGACGCGAUUGACACAGACCUGGUACUCACAGACGGCAGCAAGUUCAAGCUUGUCGAUACGGCGGGGGUGCGCAAGCGCACGGCCAUCGCGGGCAGCAAGGACGGCGCAGAGGCCGGGAGGCCGUGGUUUCGAUGCGGGUGGGGAGCGGCGGCGCUGGCGGGCGCGAGGGCGGGGGCGCGGGCGGUGCCAGGGUGCGGCCAGCGCCCCAGGAACACCUGCCCCCCCCGGGCACCACGUCGCACACUGCUGUGCCCGUUGUUGCAAGCCUGCCGAGCCACAGCCCCCAACUUGACACCGUUCCUCCUUUCCUCCCUGCGACCCAUUGAGUGGGCCAACAUCGUGUUCAUAUCGGCCAAGACGGGCCAGCGGGUGAAGCGGGUGCUGGACGCGGCGGCGGCGGCCGCCGCCGAGCACCGCCGCCGCAUCACCACCAGCACGCUCAACCUGGUGCUCAAGGAGGCGCAGGGCUGGCGCAUGUCUCCCACCACCGGCAGCGGCCGCCGCGGACGCAUCUACUACGGCACGCAGGCGGGCACCAAGCCUCCCACCUUUGUGCUCUUCUGCAACGACGCCAAGCUGUUCCCGCCCGACUACAAGAAGUUCAUGGAGCGGCAGUUCAGGGAGAAUGUGGGCUUCCCCGGCUCGCCGCUGCGCCUGUACUGGAGGGGCAAGCAGGGGCGCAUGGAGCUCAGCUGA